UUGUCUAACAAAGGAAACUUAAGUUACGCUGCUGAGCAGAGGAGCAUUCUGCUAAUGAUCAGCUCGUCUGAAAGCACUGGACAGGAAGUGAAGCAGUUUAACCAUCAAAUGAUGGAUAAAUUCAUCACAUUCAACUUCAAACACACCCGUCCCUUUCGGCUGUGAUUAGGGACCUCAGUCAUGUUGUGUAAGAUUGUGACACUGGACGGCUGUCAAAAAAGAUAAUGCAGAGUAUCAAAAGUCCCAUUUGUUUUUGCCACAUCCUUGUGUUUUCCAUACGUCUGUUUACCUUUUUGCUCUUCACCUCGCAAACAUCAGGCAGCCAAACAGUACAAUCUGUCUCUAAUGAGAAUCCUAACUCUGAAUGACGAUAGAGAUGAAUCUCUGGAGGUUUCAGGGAAUAAUCAACCAAUUGGAACGUGGCUCUAAGCAUCGGUAAAAGAGGAAAAAGUUGCUCGUGGUGGAGACACAUCAUGAUGAGGAGAAGAGAGAUCUGAACUCCUCUGACUGAUGAAGACUCUGUUAGGUGACCGACCAAGAUGCAAAACCUGACAGAGCUUCCUUUCAACUCAACCUCACUAAAAACCUCAGUGAUCGUCAAAGUGUGUGUGGUCAUCCCCUUCUUCUGCUUCUUCCUCUGCUGCAUCACUGUCAUGCUGCACACCUUCGCCUCUCACAGACACUUUUUGGACACGUCACGUUACGUCCUGUUUGCACACAUGCUGAUCAACGACACUGUGCAGGUGCUGCUCUCUGUGCUGCUCUUCCUCUUUGCCAUGGGCCAGGUUAGAUUUUCAUUUUUGCUCUGCGUCCCUUUUUUAUUUUUAUCAACUAGCACUUAUCAGAACACCAAUUUGAUCCUGGCUGCCAUGUCCCUGGAGCGUUACGUUGCCAUUUUCUACCCCCUGCAGCCUCCGGCCUUCUGGCGCUCAGACAGGAUCUGGGUCAUCACUCUGUGUUUGUGUCUCUUCAGCUUCACUUGCUCUGUCACAGAGUUUUGCAUCAGGAAACAAGACCCAGCUCUGAACAUCCUGUCUACCCCUGUUCUUUGCAAAGCUACAGUUAUCAACUCGUCCCCGGUUCAGGCCGUGUUCAGAGCUGCAGUGAGUGUGUUCUUCUUCUCUGUGGUGGCCGUCAUCAUCCUCUUCACCUACUUGAGGAUUCUGCUGGAAACCAGGAAGCUGCGUCAGGACAGAGCGUCGGUGAGCAAAGCCCUGCACACGGUGCUGCUGCACGGCUUCCAGCUGCUGCUGUGCAUGCUGGCCUUCACAAACCCCUUCACCGAGACCCUCUUCGUGCUGCACACCACGUGGCUGCAGGAGGACRUUCAGUUCUUCAACUACUUCUGCUUCAUCCUGGUGCCACGCUUCCUCAGCCCGCUCAUCUACGGCUUCAGGGACCAGAGCCUCAGGAAGCACAUCGGGAAAACAUUCAUCUGUGGCCCCAAACGACGAGUCAAACCCAGUUUAAGAUGCUGACUCAGCUUUUGCAAUGUUUAAUCCGAUUCUAUGAGACACACCUUUGUGUUUACUUUAAAAUAACACACAUCUGAGACAAAAAUCUGACCCUUUAUUAAUGAUGAACUUUGCUGAGAAGCCUGUUUUUAAAAUAAUAAAAUUUUGUCACAGAUCUGAAAUCCUAAAACGUGAUCAUUGUUAAUCCUGUUUAUUCUGCCUUUUACCAAAAAUGAUAAUAAAACUUUACACACAGCAAAUUGUAAUCCCAUAAUGAAUAUAACAAACUGCUUUUAAUCUCAGCAAAACUUCACACAAACAUAUGUUUUUAUCUCUCCGAGAAGCUUUAUAUGAUUGAGAAGAUUUAGUUAAAUACUGUUUUUAGAUUUUAGUCCAACAAUUUUAGUUAUGACAAACUUGAGAAGAUUUCAGCUAUUUAUUGACUGUUACCAAGAUGCAUUUAAAUCAUUAUGUUUAUAAUUAGAAGUAGACUUGUAUCUAA